AUGAAGGUGGUUUCGGCAAGCAAAGUGAGCAAGAGAUUUCUUCUUCUAGUAGCAAUCGUCGGUUUGAUGGUAACAUCAGCUGUCGCUAAGGGUGGUAGAGGUGGUGGUGUUAUCUUGGGAAGCAGCGGCGCUGGUGGUGGUAGUAGAUAUAUUGGAAGAGGUAGGACUACUGGUGUCAAAACCUCAGCUUCUGUUGCAUGGGGUCCGACCACCACUUUUGGCCUCAUUGAGAGGCUACUUUUUAUGGCUUUCAUUGUCUUGGUGGUCUAA